AUGACAGAAUCCUCCAUACAAUCCGUCAACGAGACCAUUCUCCCUCGAAGAUAUCAAAAAGAGAUUUUUCAACGCGCUCAAGAAUGUAAUGUCAUUGCAGCACUCGACACCGGCAAGUGGAAAGACUUUCAUCAGUAUUUUGCUCAUCGAAUGAAUCGUGCUACAAGAGAGUCUCUGGUCGAACAACAGGCCAACUUUAUCGCCGCGCACACUCCUUUGCGAGUCGAAAAGUUCCAUGGAUCUCCGUCGUAAUGGGGGUCGGCAAGGA